CACUGUUUUUUGUUUUUGUUUAAAUAAGAAAAUAAUUCUUGAAUUAUAGUCGGAAAAUUCAUCAAACAUAAAUAAAAGGAAAUGCUUGGCAGACAGCCAAACAACAAAUAAUUAUGGAAAAUAUUGUUUAUAAUUUUGCAAAAAUAACAUUUACUCCGCAUCCUAGUUCUAGUUGCACCAACUUUGACUGGAGUAUCAGCAAGCCAAUAGCUAUGUCGGACACAGAAGAAGAGGCUGGCUCUUCAAGACCACCACGACCAACAGCAGCAGCCGCAGCCGCAGCCGCACCUGCUUUAUUGGCCAUAGCACACACGCCACACUCAAUUGAUGAGGACAGCAUCUCGAGCCAGGACUCUUGCAGCGACUAUAACGACAAUGAGGAAAAUACCGAUGCGGAUGUGAGUGAUGCCCACAGCAGUUGCAGCUAUGCGGCAGCCACAUCAUCAUCCACUAUACCGGGCAGCCGUGGCGGUGUCUCGCGUCGUCGCAUGCCCGCACGCAUAGCCAAGGAUAACUUCAAUCGCAUUAGCAGUGCCAUAAUGAAGCCCUUGAAGAAGAAGCAGCGACGUGAACUCAACACAAAUGCCCAGACACUGAAGAGUAUUGAGAAAAUCUAUAUGAACAGCCAGCAUAUGAAAAAGUUUAGACCAUCCAAUUUGGAAACCAUCUUCGAAGAACCCAGCGAUGAGAAUGCCGCCGAUGCAGAAGAUGAUAGCGAGGAGCAGGGUUCCACAUCCAUUAGCGAGCAAGUUCGUAUUGUUAAGUUUGGUUCUCGCAAACUACGGCGGGCCAUCUCGUUCAACGAUGGCCUCAAUAAGAACAAGAAUUUGGUCAAGAAGCGUCGACUCAAGGUCAAGAAGACCUUUGGCAAGCGGCUCGCUCUCAAAAAGAUAUCAAUGACCGAGUUUCAUGAUCGACUGAACAAGAGUUUGGACAGUGCUAUGGUCGAUGAGGAGGAUGAGGACGAGCAAGAGGGUCAAUUGUUGGCCUUCGGUGGAGACGCACAGAAUACCCUCGGGUUGAGAGCCAUAGGUCUGAGAGCACUGGGCGUUGCUAAUGAUCUGCAGAUCAACACAUUCCAUCCAGUCGGGUUGGUUUCCAGAGGUGGUCAAGCCCCAGCCGCAGGCAACAGCCCAAGCGUUGUCGUACAUGUUGUAGCGAUCGUUGAAGCUGGGCAGCUCAACCUUGUUAACAUUCGACCAGAAGUCGACAUGGGGGGUACGGAUCAGGGCGAUAUCAUUGCCAUUCUCAUUGGGCCAGUUCGAGUUCUGGAUGAAGUCGCCGCUGCCGACAGUGUGGGUGAAUUGGGCAUUCUCCUUCCAGGUGGCACCGUAGAAGAUGGUCACAGCGCUAGCGCCGUUUGUGCAAUGGGCAGCAGUCAGAACCCAAUCGUUGGCAAUGAUGGAACCACCGCACCACCAUCCGUUAUGGAAGUACAGACCGACGGUGUAGGGUGCCUUGCCCUCGUAGGUUGGGUAGCCGUUGACAAUGCGACCAUUGAUCUUGUUGUCGGCGGGCACAUCCUUGGGAUGGACCUGCUUGGGCACAACGGUGCCAGCGGAUACUGUGGCCAAAGCCAGAGCCAAUACAACGAACACUUUCAUGGCGAAUGAAUGAAUUACUCGUACUGCUUCUGGUCACAGCCAGCCCAUUUAUAGCAAAUUCUGUGGCCAAUUCUCGCACGUCAACUGAUUAAAAUAAUUCAAUUAAAAUCUCUCCAUCAGAGUCCCUAAUCAAGGAGGAGCGUGCAAAAGUGGUAGGGUACUUCUCUCUACCACAUUGCCUAUCUAUGGGAAUUCAAUUCGAAUUGAUAAUGGCUCACAAGAAUCAAAUCUACAUAGUUAUUAUCAAUGUGUGGUCUGCCAGAUAUGUACAUUUGUAUGUAUAUAAAUAUAUUUUAAUAAAAACAAUCACACAUACAUACAUACAUAUAAACUAUUUCAGCUUUUAAGUGCUUCUAAACAAAAGCAAAGACAAGCUAUAAACAGAAGCGUCGAAUAUAAAUAUAUUAACUUACCAA